AUGCCUAUCCCCCACUAUGGCGUUUGGGUUGGCCGGCCUACCAGAUAUACCGCCGAAAGGGCAAGGGAGGACCCUAAGUCCCCGCAUAUCCACCUUAAGUUCACGGACGGGUCCUCGAAGGAGUUGGAAGCUGCUUUAAACGUCAAGUCAAUUGACAAAGACUCUCGUCUUGUAUUCUGGCUGACGGAUGACUUCUCCAACUCUCCCAUUAUCGAGCAACUUUCAAAGCUAGACGAAGGGUUCCACCUAGCCCAGUGGUCAAGUGUAGACAACAACAAUAACAGCGGCAUCGAGGGCCACCGCCGUAACCGUCACCACCAGGCUCGUCGGCUUGAAUCUGACCUACACGGACUAGACUUUAUCCGCACAGACGAUCUUAUCAACAUUAAGUCCGGACAGGUCUUGCCACACGACAUCCCAGGUGAGAACAAUGACAUUUUGGAUAAGAUGGAACCUAUCCUCAAAAGUGCAAUCGGCAAAUCAACUACCUAUAUAUUUGGAUCAUCCUUUGGAUCAGGUAUCCAUGAUGUUCACAUGAAUCAAGGCAGUUUACCUAGGUUUGACAAUGGAAUCUAUGAGGAUGGGGCUAUUUUGUUCCAGUACGACGACGGACACUGGGAAGGAGUCUUUUUGGCUUUUGCGUCGCAGAGGAUCCCAACUGAUCCUAAUGGUGAGCCAGAGGAGGAUAGCAAUACAUUGGCAGAUAUUCUUGGUUUUUAA